GAUAAUACAGUUAAAGCAACUUCUGACUCCUGGGGAGAAAUGUAACUGUAUAAACCAGAGCAACUGUUGGGCACUGAGACAAGGUAAACAACUGCACGCUGUUUGGAGAUUUCCGAAUCACUUGCAGCAGUCCUAACUGGGAAUUUAGUGCUGACUGCGAUUCUGACUAUCAGAUUAGGGGAUAAACUACUUAAAACUAACAAAAAUGAGAUAAAUAUUGUACACAGCAGCAGAUAUUCUUUAGACUUGUUGAAAUAGCUGAUGAGCAUAAGCUUAUUUAAGAAGUAAAUUUUCAUUUGCCCAUUUUACUGGCAGUGUAUCUGCUUUGUGUGUUGAAUGUAGAUUUCAACCCCCCACACUUCUAAUCCAAUUUCCUGCCCUGUAUUUGAUGGAUACCAGUUAUUUUGUCAGCUGUGCUGUAUUGUUGUUUAUUUUUGAUGUGUUUUUGGUUUUUUCACCAUCAUGAUAUCAAUAAUUGCUUCCAAGAAGAAUGGAAAAUCACCUUUUCUCUUCAUCUUUUCAAAAGAAUCAAUUUCUUCCAUCCUGGGCAGAGCAAAGCUUCCUAUCUUUAUCUUCAUUGCCUAACAAGGAGCAGAUAGGAGUCUUGAUGCCUAUUACAGAAAUUGGAUUAAGUUGAGUAGAUCCUGUUCCCAGAAAUAUCCUCACUCAUUACAAGUCAAUUUAGCACUUUGCAAAUGAUGGUUUUCAAGUCAGAAACUGAAACAAAAGAUCCAGUAGUUUUAUGUGUGUCAUGAUUCUGUCAUAAAAUUCAGUAGUUUUGCUUAAUGACUUCUUUUGAUGUCUUUUUUAGUUACUUGCACUUUGGAUUACAGAAAAGAAGGCAGUAAAAGCACAGCAUUGAUGUUUUUUUUAUUUUUCUGACUGAAAAGUGUAUGCCUUCCUUGCACAAGGCUUUCAUCUCACAACUUACAACGGCAAUUUUCCCUCUGAAAAGGGGCACGUUCAGAACAAUUGUCUGGACUAAGUGAUUACUGCUUUUCAGAAGGAGAAAUGAAAGAAUUUAGGUGAUCUGUGGUAUACUGUUAUCUAGAUGAUGAAGAAGGGGAAGAGUGUGCAUUUCAACUUAUAUGUUGUCUGGACUGUUCAGGAGGGUGUCUGUGGUCUGUUGCAGCGCAUAAAGAUACUUAAAUCUGUUUAAUCCAACCUGUGUAAUAAUAGAAACUAGAAUUGAAUGAUCUCAGCUAUGAAUUUGUCUGAAUUAUAAGGAACUUUGGUGGUGGGAUGCUAUCCAAGUAACUCACUCUUGUGGCUCACAAAUCACAAGGUUGCCCUAUGGAUUUCAGUGAAUCCCUGGUGGGUUUUUUGUUUGUUUGGGUUUUUUUUUUAAGGAAAAAUUAGGUAGGCCAAGAUUCAGUUUUCUGUUUGUAUCUGUUGCUGUUAAUCUGAAUCAGAGGCUAAAUUGGCAGGCUUUAAAUCUAUCUGCAGUUGAUAAAUCUGUUCAUAGCAAUUGAUAGGAUUAUUUGCAGUUAGGUUGCUUUAGAAAACAAGGAUUUUUUUAUGUACUAAUCUUCUGGAUUGCCAAAAGCAAGCGCAUAGAUCUUUGCAGUAUGAAUUGCACUGAGGUGAAUGCUGGUAACCCUUUUUGGUAUAUGUUUUUAAAAUGGUGUUGCAAAGAGAACAAAGUGGACUUGGGAAAAAUAAAGAAAUAAAGAACUUUCAAUCUGUAUGGAGGCAGUACUGAUUACUGUCAUUGCACUGGUGACCCGGGUAGUGUGUAGGAGGUAAAUUAGAUUUUAAUUUCUGGGAUUAUAUGUGCAACUGGAUAUAAUCCUUUUUUCUUCAGCCUGUAAUCUUUUAAAACACUUUUUCUAAAUGUGAUUUAAAUGCUGUCAGUUAAACUGAAAAGCAUCUGUAUUCAAAUUGUGUAAACGUCAAAGGUUUGUGUGAGCGCCUUCCUAAGUCUUAAAUCACCAUCUGGAUUGUCUGGAAAACAAACUCAGCAACUGAACAGCUCCGCUUAUCCUUCCCUGCGUUUCUGUCAUCAUUUAUUUCCAGCUUGUUCUUUCAUCUCUAAUCCUUUCCCCUCCAUUAACGAUUUGAUGUUUUGAAAACACGGCCAGGCCUCUUUAUUUUCCAUGCUUCCUUAAGCCCAAGCAUCUGUAGUAACUUGUACUUGUCAAACUCUGUUGCAUGAGAUCUGAAACUGACCUGUGGCUGGGGAACACGGUCUGUGUGUUGCCUCGCUCUGCACACCGCUGCCAUCCCCUCAGUGGUGCUGAGGCACAAGUGCAGCUCGGAUACUCGAGCGAUGAGUGAGCGUGGAUUAAGAUCCAUCCCUUAGCAGUUAAGGAGGAGAAGUGAAAUGUCAAAUGCUGUUUAAAUGAUCACUUAAAAUCUUUCCUCGCCAAAUCUCUUUUGCAGGGUGAUGGCUUUUGGUUCUUUUUAGGGGUUGGUGAGGAGGCCAGGAAUACAGUUUUUCAUUUCAUGCUUGUAUAUUGUGAAGUGCUGCCUUGGGCUGUUUUUACAGUCACCAUUUUCCAGGAUAAGGAUUUAAUAUCUUAUUAUAUACAAAGCAAUUUGUUUACAGGCUGGUGAGACUUACUGUUGUGGAAUGUGAAGUGUUUGCUUUCUUUUGUUUCAUUGUAAAUCCUACUUGCCAACUUCAGUUCUGUAGGUAGUUGUUGAAACAGGAUAUGGCUUUUUCUCUUGUAACGUAGAGUUCUGUAUUUAGCUAGCUUCUGUGACAUGAAUUUAUGUGAAACCAGUUGCAGAAUGGUGAUAUUGACAAAGCAGUCGAACUGCUGAAAGGCUGGGCACUGUCACAUGGCCACAGAAGAUUGCUAUUAAUCUCAUUCUAGCAAGCUCGUAGCACACAGCAUUUUUCACAUCCCUUUAAGCUAAGAUGCAGCAUGUGGGAGGCACUGAAGAUCUUUCAGGAUAUGUCUUUUGGCCCCGUCUUCCUGCAUGUACUGCAGCUCCUCGUGUUGAAAGGGGAUGGCUUAGUGCGGAUUCUGUACUUAGAUUGGUUGAAAUUCUUCAUAACCACAGAAGAAAUGGCUCAUUUGUUUCUCAUUUCACUUUAAACAUUUGGAUGUUUUUCGCUUGUUGGUUUGUUUUCCUGAAACUGUUCUAAUUAUCCUGUUACUCACACGGAAAUUGAGUAGUUGAGCUGGUGUAACAGAAGGUAUUCUUGGUGUUCACUGUCAUUUGUACUGCUUUUAUGAUAAGCCCCGGAAUAGUUGUGAGAUAUGUGUUUGGGGAACACAGCACAGAGAUCCUGGUAAGCUUUAUUUCAGCAUGUCUUUCAGAGCUGAACUGCAGUUCUUGGCUUUGGGAUAUUUCUGCCACAUCCCUGGGAUACAUUUUGUUUGGUAUUCGAUAGCUGUUGUUGCCUGCCCCUUCAAACACACACCCUUGUGGGUGGUGGCAUUAUUUCUUUCUCAGGAAAGCAAAUCUGCAAAGAAGGAAGGUGGAACUUUGUCGGUGUUCUAGAAAUUUGUAAAACCUGAUCAAGGGCACGUACUUGAGUUGAAUAAAAAUAUCUUCUACAAUUCCAGAUGCCUGAAAUAUAGAUUAUGUACUGUGCUUGUAGAUUAACAACAUUGAAGAGAGAAUUGCUUAUACUGAGAGGGUUUUCUGAGCUUUCACGGCCUGUUGCUCCUCCACACCUGCUGGGCUUCUUGUUAACUGUCUUUUUCAGACUUUGGGAGGAUACCUUCUUGAUAGGAAUAGUUUCACUGGGAUGCCAACAGAAAGCUUAUUAUGACUACUUUGUAACUCUGCAGCACUGCAAUGCAAGUCUGAUGAAAACUAUUACUGCUGCUACAGGCAAAGCAAGCAGCAUGAAUACAUGCGUUUGAAAGGGAUGUUCUUGCUGAUUCAAGACAACAUCGUUCUGUCCGGGACUUUACACUGGGGAUAAGGACAUGGGACUCCUGCCAGAUUCCAGAUGGUUCAUUACAACUGACAUCUUCGUUGACAACUGUGAAAAGGAACUUUGGAUUAUUCUAUUUUAUUUUUGUGGGAAACCACAAUCCCCAAACUGUAGGACACAUCAGGUUCCGUGUUUCUUGUAGAAUUUUAAAAUAAUCUUUUCUAAUGAGGAUGUCUGAUAUUCUUACUGUAAAAGAUGAAACUGAUGCAAUGAAGGGUUCAGAAGCUGAAUUUAAAGAUACAGAUCCAGUUGAAAACCUUAUGAAAUCAGGAAGUCAAGAGCAGAUUCAAGUGGAAAAGGAUGAAAAUUGCCCUGAUAGCAAAAACAAUAUGCCGCGGCCAGUGCAGGCUUUUGGACAGACAGCAAAGAGGUCGAAGUCAAACACAAAGUUAAAGUUAGUUCGGAGCCUUGCUGUAUGUGAAGAGUAUCCACCACCUCCUACAGCUGAAAUAUCACAGGACCUCCAGGAGAAAAUUCAAAUCCAGUUGUCACAGUGUUGUGAAAAAGAAGAAAAGCCUGCAAAAGAUGAAACAGAAAAGGAGAAGUCCAGUGAUAAAUUGCACAGAAAAAUGUUAUCAAGAGAUUCCAGCCAAGAGUACACAGAUUCCACUGGCAUAGAUCUUCAUGAAUUUUUAGUAAAUACAUUAAAAAACAAUCCCAGGGACAGAAUGAUGCUGCUGAAAUUAGAACAGGAAAUUUUAGAUUUCAUUGGUAAUAAUGAAGCUCCAAGAAAAAAGUUUCCCCCAAUGACAUCUUAUCAUAGAAUGCUGUUGCACAGGGUAGCUGCUUACUUUGGAUUAGAGCACAACGUGGACCAGAGUGGGAAGUCAGUCAUAGUAAAUAAAACUAGCAAUACAAGAAUACCUGACCAAAAGUUUUGUGAGCAUAUAAAGGAUGAGAAGAGUGAUGACUUUCAGAAGCGGUACAUCCUUAAAAGAGAUAACUCUAGCUUAGACAAAGAUGACAACCAGAUGAGAAUACGAUUAAAAGAUGACAGAAGAAGUAAAUCCAUAGAAGAACGUGAAGAAGAGUAUCAGAGAGCUAGAGAGAGAAUAUUUGCACAAGACUCCCUGUGUUCCCAAGAGAAUUAUUUCACCGAUAAAAGAAUCCAGGAGGAAGAAACUAAUAGUACACAACAAAGACGACAGAUAUUUAGAAUCAAUAAAGAAACAUCAGGGAGAUCAGCCAACAGCCAUCAGAGCAGUACUGAGAACGAGCUGAAGUAUUGCGAGCCCCGGCCCUGGAGCAGCACCGACUCCGAUAGUUCCAUCCGCAGCCUGAAGCCAGCUGUAACAAAGGCCAGCAGCUUCAGUGGGAUCUCAGUUCUGACAAGAGGAGAUAGCUCUGGAAGCAGCAAAAGCACAGGCAGGCUAUCUGAGACAGGUUCAGAGUCUUCUAGUAGUGUAGGGUCAUCCACGGGUUCUCUUUCUCACACCCAGCAGCCUCUUCCAGUGCCAGCUCUAAGCCAGCCUUCUCAUGGCACGCCUGCCGUCUAUCCAACUGUCAGCACUAGUAACUCUCUUUCCUUUGAUGGUGGCAUAAAUGGGCAAGUGGCACCUACUAGCACUAGCUUCUUUUUGCUUCCCUUGGAAGCGACAGGCAUUCCACCUGGCAGUAUUCUGAUCAACCCUCAAACAGGUCAGCCAUUCCUUAAUCCAGAUGGCACUCCAGUUGUGUACAAUCCUCCUAUGCCUCAGCAACCUGUUAGGACCCAAGUGCCUGGACCUGCACAACAGCCACCUCUUCCCCCACAUCAGCAACAGCCAGCAGCUAAUCACAUCCUCUCACAGCCUAUCCGACCUCUACAGCCUUCUUCCCAGCCUGUUCAGUACUCUGCAGUCUCUUAUCCACCCCCGCUCCUGCCAGUCUCCUCUACCCAGCAAUAUUCUGUGCAAGACAACCUAGGAUCACAGUUUAGCCAUAUGAGUCUUGCCCGUCAGCCACCUGCUGAUCCAGCUGAACCUCACACCACUAUGUUCCAGUCCACUGUUGUCCUGCAGCCCCCGCAGCAGUCUGGUUAUAUCAUAGCAGCCGCUCCACCUCCACCACCUUCUGGCCAGCCGGUUUCUGCUCCGGGCUACUCUCCAUCCAGCCACCCUGUCAGCCAGCAGGUCCUCCCACAGCAGGGAUAUAUGCAGCAACCUGUGCCACAGAUGCCGGCCUGCUAUUGUACCCCCAGUCAGUAUCCGCACUCCAGUCAACAAUAUCGACCUGUUUCUGUCCAUUACAACACGCAGCAAAACCAACCAUUGGCACAGCCAGGACAGCAGACAGGUUACCAAGUUUUGCCUAACCAGCAGCAAAACUACCAGGGUUUAGUUGGAGUUCAACAGUCUCAGAAUCAAAGUCUAGUCAGUGGCCAACACAACAACGUUGGGAAUCAAAUUCAAGGUGUGAUUGUUCCAUAUCCUUCAGUGCCAUCUUAUCAGGUUUCGGUGCCUCAAGGUUCCCAGGCAGUGCCCCAGCAGACAUAUCAACAGCCUGUAAUAAUUCCUGGUCAGUCAAAUCAAGGAUUGCCCACAACAGGAAUGCCAGUUUACUACAGUGUCAUUCCAUCAAAUCAACAGAAUAAUUUAAGUUCAUCAGUAGGAUAUUUGCAGCCUCCUGGAUCAGAGCAGAUACAGUUUCCUAGAACAUCAUCACCCUGUAACUCACAGCAGCUUCAAGGACAGCAAUGUGCAGUUUAUAACAACCAUUCAAGUCAGAAGCCAUCACCUCCUACAUUAUUGUCACCUUCAUCAAAGUCAAAGCUGCCACAGGCUGCUUCCAUUUUGCACUACAGCAUAGUGUCUCCACCCUCAUGUAAAAGUUCACCCACUGGUCUUUCCAUCAUGCAGCCAAUAAAAGCAGUAGCAGCACCACCGGGUGGAGGAGUAGUCAUGAUGCAGCUAAAUAUACCCAACAACCCUCAGCCUCGGAACCAUUCACCUCCACAGUGGAAACAGAAUAAAUAUUACUGUGAUCAGCAAAGGGGGCAGAAGUCCACAGAACUUAGCACUUUAGACAGUGCUGCACAGUUGCAGCAUAGUCCUCAACUAGGUAGUCCUGUCACCUCGCCAGCCCAGUCACCAGCACCAGCUCAGCUGUCAAACCUCAAGAACAUCCGUCCCACGUUAACACCUCUUUCUAUUGUGCCCCAGUUUUCUAGACCUUUCAUCCCUGGACAAGGAGAUGCCAGAUACCCAUUGCUUGGCCAGCCCCUGCAAUACAAUCCACCAUCUUUAUUACGUGGACAAGUAGCAAGCCAACAGUGUCAGCCUGGAAACAGACAUGGAAACAGGGGAAAGAAACCAGCAAAGAAGGCUGCUUCAGCGGAUCUCAGUGCAGGAGAGCCAGCUGUGGGAAAAGUUCUAGAAAUAACAGAGCUGCCAGAAGGUAUAACGCGUAUGGAAGCAGAAAAACUGUUUGGAGAACUUUUAAAAGUCGGUGCCAAGAUCCGGUGGCUGAGGGAUUCACAGUGUCUACAAACACAGCAGCACCACCGGCGGUACUGUGGCAGCGGAGAUAGUAAUGUGAACACUGAGCCAUGCAAAUCUACUGACUUGGCCUCCACUUACACGGUUCUAGCUAUGUUCCCUACAAUGUCGGCUGCUCAGAACGCAUUGAAGAAACAAAGUAGUACCUCAGUUAACAAGUUCAGGCUGAGAACAAGCAAGAAGCACUACGACUUUCAUAUCCUUGAAAGGGCUAGUUCUCAGUAGCAGUUACAUCGAUGGACACUCAGCCUUUACUACUUCCAUGUCCUUCUCUCCUUGAUCGGCUUAAUGUUGUGGGGUUUCUGUUCUUUUCACAGAGAUUCCUGGGAUGUUUUGUCAUAAGUGACAUUAGCCAUUGAAGAAUAACCCAGUGAUCCAGCACGAUGAAAAAGUUAAUUCCAGACAAGAGCAAGAAAUCAUCUUUGGGAAAGGCAGCUUUCUAUACAGAAUGCCGUUGAAAUGCCCCCCACCCCCCAACUUUUAUAAUAGUUUUGUUUUAUAUUUUUGACUUCUUGUAUCAGAUCCAAAGUUCUAUUGUACAGCAAACGUUCAUAAAAGCCCAUGUUCAGAUUUGUAUUUUAUAAUCCCUGUUCACUGCCAGCACACAGCUGUCCAUUCCAAAGCAGGAACCUGAGGAUUGGUACAGGGGGAAAGAGAACCAUUUCCAAGGAAUUACGCUCAUUUUGUAGUGAACUGCCCAAAAUAUUCAGAUUAACCUGUUCCCUGUCCCUUGCAUUUCUUUUGUUUUUUAAAGAAAAGAAACAUAUAAUUUUAGUAACUAGUUAAUUCCUUAGAUGGUUGGUUUCUUUUGAGAUUCAUUCAAGCGAUGUCAAAAGAAAUUACAAGUUCAUUGUACCCUGGAAGGAUUCGCUUUGAUCCAAUGAGUUGAAGAAGUAUUUAAAGGGGAAUAUGAAUAGAUUACGAAGAAUGUUCACUGAAUCACAUUUUAAUAUUUCUUUUUAGCAAAAAAAGUGAAGAAACUAAAAUGGAUCUUCACAAGUGACAAAAUGUUUGCACUUUAAUUGUGUUCCCACCAGUAUGAAUCUCUUUCUCUUUCUUUUCACGCUAAGAUAAUUGUGUUUGAUAAGAGCUGGAAACUUUUUUAAUGGUUUAAGUUUUCAUCAUUUGCAGAUACUCACUGGACAUCAAAAGACUCAUUGCACAUAAAAAUGAAACAAACUUUUUUUCAAUUUGUGUAAUUUGCAAGGCUGUACAAUGUGUGCUGAUGCAAGCCUUUUUCAGUUCAAGAAAAUAAAUGUUUACAAACACAGA